AUGUCUACGUCUCAACUCAGCAUGGAAGACUUCAAGCGCACCCUCGCUGCUUUGGGCAGUCUGAUAUUUGCUUCGGUUCGAAACACCCUCUGUCAAGCUUGCCAUCCCAUAACCCUACGCCUAGACGAAAUACUCAACUCAACCGACAAGUCAGACUUCCAUCCCGGAACCCGCGACUCGACCGGCAACAUAAGACUUGCAACCAUCGACCAUGUCUUUUCCAGCUACCGCGAGUGCAGUUUCUGCUCACUCGUCCUUCGUCUCAUGCUGCGGGCCAAAGAGAGGCAUCUCUAUCACGCAAUGAGGUCAAUACCAUUGGUUGAGGACACGCUCAUAAACAUUGACACAAUCAGGGAAGCUUUCAAGUCAUUGGAAAGUACCACCGUCUCCAAAACAAGUUCAAUGGCCAGUUCAAGCUCAUCGCUAUCGGAUGACUUCGAGAUAUUCGAUCCUGAGGAACUGAUACUUCAGAUUUCGGUCGACGCUGUUUGUGAUUACGGCGCCAUGUCACUCUGGCUUCCUUUGAGGGACUCCGAAGACGUGGACGAUAACGAAUAUCAGUUGUUUCUGCAUCCUGAAGACUACCAAACGAUUAUGGCCGAUGCCCAGAAACUAGAGGCUACAUUAAUGAUACCGAAGCCACUCGACCGGGAUACACGAGACAUGGACUUGAUGAAGCGCUGUCUCGAAAACUGCCGCAAAAACCAUGACAGAUGCAAUCAGUCAGCGAUACCAGAUACAGAAGCUUUGCAGGCGGCCCCGAGCAGGCUGAUUGACGUCGUCGAUAUGAGAUUAGUACCCACUAGUCCUGGUAUUAACGGUCAUGUGAACCUUCAACAAGUCGAAUAUGUCGCUCUCAGCUAUGUAUGGGGAAGAGAUCCGUUCUUCACCCUGCAAAGCCCAAACCUCAGCACCCUAUGCGAGAAAGACGCCUUCCGGGAUCCCGCCAUAAAGCUUCCACAGACCAUCCUGGAUGCCAUUGAAGUUACCAAGUUCUUAGGCUAUCGAUACAUCUGGAUUGAUAGCCUCUGCAUUGAACAAGACUCCACUGAGGAUACAGUCACUCAGAUAGGAUCGAUGCACAUCAUCUACGCCCAGGCUAGCCUUACAAUUGUUGCCGCCGUCGGAGACAACGCACAGCACUCUAUCCUGCACAUAGAUCCGAAUCAGCUAUUGAACAAGUACCAUACCAUUGGAGGCCUACGCUUCUGCCUAAACAGGCCCGAGUUCAAAGAAGUUGUCGCAUCAUCAACAUGGGCAACAAGAGGAUGGACUCUUCAAGAAAUAACGUGCUCUGACCGGUUCAUAUUCUUCACUCCAGAGAGGACGUACUUCAGCUGCGCACAAGGAAACUGGAACGAGGACCUGCCUCUGGAUGAAAGCGUUUCGCCUGAGCAAUAUCAACGCUACCUUCGGGAUGAAGACCCCAGAGGUUUGGGCUUGGACAUGGAAGUUGGAGGCGAUGCCCAAAAAGCCUCGGCAACUUUUGUCUCCAUGGUCGAAAAGCUUUCCACAAGAAACUUCACGCAUGACAAAGACAUCCUGAAGGCAUCACUGGGAGACAAUCCUCCAACGGUUUUGCGUCGGCGCAUCGUCAGUCCUAAAGAGCGCUGGCAGCAGGACCUUGCCAUAGCCGAGAAGACCAAAUUGGUUUUCAGAGGUACAAUCUGCAGCUUUCCAAUUCGGCUCCGAAAACGCGACCAUACCUUGCAAGCGUCCGGUCAAGUUCACUUUUGCUCCAUCUUUGCCUCGCUUGAAGCAUCGGAAGACAUGGACAAUGAUGAGCUCAUUGGGGAGAUAAGGAUCGACUCCGGGACGCUACAGACCUUCUUCCCUGAUGAGUUCUUACCAGCAGCCUCCAACAUGGGCAUUGCCACCAACGCAGAGCUACUUGCUUUUGCUCGCCUGGACUUUUCCCUUGAACAUGUCCAAAACGUUGUGUAUCUAAACAGAUAUAGUCGGCGAGGCAACUUCUCCCCGGAGUUCCUGGCCUUGGUGGAUGCCAAUCCAGACAUGGUGCUCGUUAUGUGGCUAUUCCGACAACCCGGAAAGCCUCACCUAAUGUCCCGAGUCGCUGUUGGAUACGUCGUCCGGAGUCGAUGGGACGAAGCAGUCAAAGAGCGUGGGCAAACUCAGGAAUGGAUCAGGCUUUAUUGA